UAUCGACGAAUUGGUGCAACAUAACAAAAAUGGCCUUAUAUUCAACAAUGAGGAAGAAUUGGCAAGACAACUAAUUGAACUAUUUACUGAUUAUCCUGCAAACGCGUCAAAACUUAAAUCAAUGCGUAAGCAUGUGGACGAGUUCCAAAAAGAACGAUGGGAUGCAAACUGGAAUC